UGCAAAGCCUUGGAGGGGGGUGGGGUGGCUCCUGCUGCCAUGGCUGCGAUUGGGAAGGCCCUGUUACCCCUUUACCAGCACUCGGGACUCGAGACUAACCUCAGCAGGGUCAGCUUUCUGGGGGCUCGGCUGCCCCCAGAGGUGGAAGCGAUGGCAAGGAGCGUCCGGGAGCUGGACAAGGAAACCUUUCGGAAACUCCUCAAAGUCACUGUCAGCGCCUUAGAAGGAAAAGAUUGCAAAGAGCUGGUAAAGGUGAUUGCCGAGAAUGCAAAACUAUCGGAUGAACAGCUCGCUGUCCUCAUCUCUGGAAUGUAUACUCUCCUGCGAGAGGCCCUGAGGCUCCCCACAGCGUCUCUGAAGCAAGAAGUUUUUAAAGAAGACCUACACGAGCUCAGGAUUCCAGACGAUUUCAUUGUGGACUUUGCCACUGUAGUCUUUGGAAACAGGCAACCUGCUCUUGAAGAGGCUAUUCAGAAGCAAGCUAGUAAGCUGCCUAGAAUCGAAGACUUCAAGUGGAGGGUAGAUGUGGCCAUUUCUACCAGCUCAUUGGCUCGGGCUUUGCAGCCAUCCGUUUUAAUGCAACUGAAGCUGUCCGACGGGUCAGCUCAUCGCUUUGAAGUGCCAGCUGGAAAAUUUCAAGAAUUAAGGUACAAUGUUGCUCUGAUCCUGAAGGAGAUGAAUGACCUGGAGAAAAGGAGUGUUCUGAAAAUUCAGGACUGAACCCUUUCUGAUUAAUUUAUUGGGGCUUUAACACAUUAGGAAAACCACACAAGAAACACCAUCAAAAAGAAGUUGCUUCUGUUUUGUAAUCACAACGUAUUGCAACGUCACCCUUCUGAUAAUGUGGCUGUAAAUAUUUUUUCGCCUGUGUAUUAGAAGCAGCUGUUGGAUUGUUAUUUUUUCUUUAAGUUUUACACAUAAAGAUAGCAUUAUCCUCGUUG